AACGGGGAUAAAAUAAAAUUCAUUGCUACCUUUGUAAACGCUUACUACGUUUAGUUAUUGCAAUUUCACACUUUGACGUCAGUCCCUGACAGGUAACAGUACAAUAAUAAAACAAUAUGUAAAACACAAAUUGUAAUUAUACUAUAUUAUAAUUAGGUGAAAAAAUACUAUCAACCGUCGCUUUAGCUUACAAUAGAACAAUACAAUAGAGCAACUAAGUAAUGUAUAAUAAGAAAUAAAAAGAAAGGACGAGCUAAUGGAUUAACUAAACGAACUUAACACUGUCAUCGAAAACAACCAGAGUUCCGUCAAAAUUACGUUGGUCAAGUAAAUCGUGCGAGUAAUGAUUAUAAAAUUACAAAAAUAACAUAAUUCAUCAGUAAAUUUCACAUAGUUGAACAAAACACAAACUGUAGUUAAGACGUGUAAUACUAUGAAGCAUUAAAGUGAUAGUUAGUUUAAAUAAAUAACAAAAAGAACAUGGUGCAAGUGAUCUUGUGUGACGACGUGCUUCAAUGAAUUAAAAAAAAUGAAAAAGAGUGUAGUUUUCGUUAAUCAAGUGUAGAAGAAACAAGUGUCAUCAUGUUUCGCAGCAGAAGUUGGUUCGGGGCUUCGUGGGGGCGUCCUAAAAACCCCCAUUCUUUGGAAAGAUUGAAAUAUUUACAUAAUAUUUUGUGUAAAAACACAACAGUAUCUGAAAGUAAUCGUGGUACCUUGGUGGAAUCGUUGAGGUGUAUAGCUGAGAUAUUGAUAUGGGGAGAUCAGAAUGACAGUUCUGUUUUCGAUUUCUUCUUGGAGAAGAAUAUGCUGUCAUAUUUCUUGAAGAUCAUGCGACAGAAGUGUGGAGGCUCAUCCUAUGUAUGUGUGCAACUGUUGCAAACACUAAACAUACUUUUUGAGAAUAUAAGGAAUGAAACAUCAUUGUAUUAUUUGCUAAGUAACAACCAUGUCAACUCAAUAAUAGUGCACAAAUUUGAUUUCUCCGACGAGGAGGUGAUGGCGUACUACAUAUCUUUCCUUAAGACUCUCAGUUUGAAACUCAACAACCACACCAUACAUUUUUUCUACAAUGAGCACACAAAGGAUUUCCCGCUGUAUACAGAGGCGAUCAAGUUCUUCAACCAUUCCGAGUCAAUGGUGCGCAUCGCCGUGCGCACGCUGACGCUCAACGUGUACCGGGUGCAGGAUGCCAGCAUGCUCCGGUUUAUUAGAGAUAGGACGGCGGCCCCGUACUUCAGUAAUCUAGUUUGGUUUAUCGGCAAACACAUACUGGAACUGGACGCGUGUGUCAGAAACGACGCUGAAAAUUCUUUUUCCAGCCACCAAUCACAGCAGAAACUAGAUGAUCUUGUAGCCGAACAUCUCGACCACCUCCAUUAUAUUAAUGACAUACUAUGUCUCAACAUUCCCGACCUCAACGAUGUACUGACGGAGCAUCUGCUGCACAAACUUCUAGUACCUCUGUACAUUUACUCACUCACGUCCGAAAGUGUAAGACGACUACAGACAUCUUCACCAUAUAACCGAGACCGCAUACAGAGCAUUGAAUCUAUUACAAGGAACUUAGAAGCAAUCCUUAAAGGGAAGAACGCGGAGUCUCCAUCACGAAUGACAUUCCCCAGACAAAGAAUGGAAUCAGAAGACGAGAGCAAGCCGUCGGUGUCGUGUGUCGUGUCCCUGUUUCUGUUAUCGCAAGUGUUCCUUAUUAUAACGCAUGGCCCCAUUGUCCACGCGCUGGCCUGGAUCAUACUGCAAUCAGACUUAUCUGUGUUCGAGGACGGCGCGACCAAGAUACUAGAAAUGUACAUUAGCAAUGCAAAGUCCAAUGUCAAACUAGAGUUCUCUAAACCACAAUUAAGUUUAGAGAAAGCAUUAGAAAAUACGUCAAUUGAAAGGGACUACACUACCCCAGAAUACGGUGGUCCCAAAGCAUUCGGAUAUGAUACGGAUCAAUCGAGUUGCGAUCUCGACCCCGAAUUAGUUUCAACUUCUCUUCCGUCCACGUCACAUAUAAGCGAAUCAUCUAGUAUUGGUCACGACUCCACUGAGGAUUUGGUGACACAAAUACAGUCGACGAAAACUAAUAGCUCAGGGACUCUCAAGGAGAACAUGCCCGACUCGCCUUUGCCAGAUUCUGGUAUCGAAUCGAGUUCGUCGAAAACGAACGAAUACAACAAUAUUACCGAUGAAGAGAAACAGAAAUUACUUGGCGUAGCUCCGAGCACAUCUGCUGAGAGGACUGUGACACUCGACAGUAUAAUAGAGAGAGAAAGUAAAGAGAUCGAGAAGAGGCCAUUCUUGAAGACUAUUUUGGAUUCUUUGGAUUGCAGCGAGAAUGAUUACAAAGCGCUGUUUGCUCUGUGCUUGCUGUUCGCAUUGAUCAACAAUAAAGGAGUAAACACAGAACUACUAGACACACUCCUAUGUCCCGAGGAGGAGAUCACAAAUGCUCAGGAGUCGAGCGGGGCGCAGAGUUCAACGCCCUCUGGUGACACAAUGUCGCCGCCUCCCAAACGUCCUCUGCAAAGUUUCAACGCAUUGUUAAUAUCUAAGCUCAUGGCCAUCGCCAACUUGAGCUGUAAACCUGCAUCGAAGGUCCGUCUAGUGACCCUGGAGCUGAGCGUGACGUUGCUGCGCGUGGCGAUGUGCGGCGCGGGCGAGGGGCGCGCGCGCCACGCGCCGGCCGCCGACGGCCUGCGCGCGCGCGCCGCCGCGCUCGCCAGGAACUUCUACAAGUGCGACGACAUAUUCCUCGACAUGUUCGAAGACGAGUAUUGUGAGACUAGCAAGCGACCUUUGAACGUGGAGUGGCUAUGUAUGGAUGCUGCGAUAUUACUGCCACCGACUAGAACUCCGAUGUCUGGCAUCGCGUUUGCUAAGAGAUUGCCUAGUGGGGAGAUGGAGAGAGCACGGCGAGCGAUACGCACCUUCUUUUUGAUUCGGGACUUGUAUUUGAAGCUGACUGGGAAACCUGAAACACAGCUGCCUCUAACUAAUCCGGCGCCGUUUGUACAAGUUGGGGACGUUUUGGACCUUAAUGAUUCUGAUCUCAUAUCAUGUGAUAUAAUACAAAAGGAUGGAACGUGGCAACAUAGGUUUCUCGCAGUAGAUAAUAUACAAAUAAUUUUAGUUGAACCUGAUAAACAAAGACUAGGAUGGGGCGUUGCGAAACUCGUUGGAAGUUUACAGGACUUAGAAAUCCAAGGUGACAAGGAGGACCCCCGUUGUCUUCACCUGACGAUCCACAAGCCUCGAGUGGGCGCGUCCGGCGCACUCCCGCGCACUGUACUGCUGAGGGCUAAGUUCAAGUUCGAUGACCAUAUACGCAGUAUGGCUGCUAAACAACGACUUACUAAGGGUCGCACGAAAUCCCGACAAAAGAAGAUGCAGCAGAUCGGUCGAUUGCUGGAAGUAUCAGGCAUGUGCGCGCCUUCAAUGGCGCCUCGACACCGACCGUUAUUUGCAAGACCAGCAUUGGCUACUGUACGACGAUCCACAGUAGUGUCGGUAGGAGGGGAGGACGACACAGAGCGACGCCUGCGCAGGCCCAGCGGACAUAUGUUGAAGGAUGGCAUCGUCGUGUACAGGGAGAGGACUACUAGCAGGGAGAGCAGUGUGUCGCGCAGUAGUAGUGCGCACGGGUCCCGCGAGGGGUCGCCGCGCUCGCGGUCGGAGGAGAUACCACUCGAAGAUAUCAAGAGGAACAACGUCGUCUCUAGUCUAGCUGCUACUCCCGUCGUACCUCAGAGUCAACCCAGUACGUCAUCGACACUUCUGAACAAAGUGAACAAUUCUUCAGAAGAAACAUCGUUCAUAUCGAGCGAGCCUUCGCGACCUAAACGUAAGGGGUUAGUGGAAACUAUAUGAUAUUAGAUAGCACACACAAACACUAGAAAAAUACUUCGAUAAAUCGAUUUACUUUUAACAUUUUAACAAUACCCGGAAUUAAUGCCUACUCAGUUCAUAAAAGUUAUUAACAAAAUCAUUUAAGAAUAUAUUUAUUUAUUUUUCAUUUACUUGAUCAGAUUUAUUUUUUAUAUAUUAUUUUAAUAAUAAAACACUGGAUUUUUUUCCUAUAUUUUCCUCUAUCCUCUAUAUUUUUUCAACUGUAAUAUUUAAUCGAAAAAUCAAAUCUUAGGAAUUGAUGUUGAUUUCGGGUGUUGAUCAGUUAUUAUAAACUUUGUUUUUAGUCUCGAUAUAACUGCGAUGUUAUGCAAAAAUUGUGAUAAGAUUCGUGUCAUUGAGUAUGACACCAGGACGGACAAGG